CUUUCCACCAGGGCAGUCCAGCACAGGUUGGACUCUGUUGUGUGCUGCAAUAACAAUCCUUGUUGCUGUUAUUAGAUGAUGCUGGAGAGCCCGUGUGGAUGAAACACAUCUUUGUGCAAAGGCACGAGGGUAAUGUUGUGUUUGGGGUUUGGGGGGUGAGCACAUUGACAGCUGGCAGUAUCUCAGCGUUCCCCAGGGCUUGCCCAUGUUCCUGCAUCCUGCCAGGGGUUUUGGCCCUUGCUGCUGUGCUGCUGUUCAGGAUUUGUGCAGCCCUGCUGCUCCAGCCCCAGGAUCCAGCUGGAUGAGUGGGAUUGUCACAUCCCGAUUUCCCUGCUCCCCUUCCAGCCCAGGCUGUGCCUGGGGAGGGGGCUCCUCACCCCUGGGGUUACAGCCUGCUCGGCCUCAUUGAAGUGUUUGUUUUCUGAGUCAAAAUGAGCCUGCGAAUGAGGUGUUGCUUUGCUGAGAUCUUAUCGGCUGUAAACACCCUGGUAAAAAUAGGGUCGUUUUACACAAAACUUGUUUGUGGAGUGAAACAAUUCAAAACACGAUAAUAACAAAACAAAAUCUUAAAAUAGCUCGGAGUUGAGACCACAGACACAGCUGCCAAGCACUUUCAUCUUUAUUGCAGUUACUCAUAUCUCUUCUCUGCUAUUCCCAUUGUAAAUAGGCUGAUGUUAUCUCUGCUCUGCUCAGCCCAGCCCCUGAUCCUGGUGCCUGUUCUGGGGCCCAGCUCCUGCUUCUGUCUCGUGUGGAGCUUCAGGCAUGGACAGGACAUCUGCCCUGCUCCAGAGAGUUCCCUGUGCCUGUUAAAUUGCUGAUAAAAACCAGUUUAUGCCAAGGGCUGGGCUGUCCCAGCACUGGGGGCUCCAUCCCUGGAGGUGUUCAGGGAGCCUGGGGAUGUGGUUUGGCUGUGAGCACUGUGGGGGUGAUGGGCUGAUGGCUGCAUUGGGUGACCUUAGAGGUCUUCUCCAGCCUGAUGGUGCCAUGAACCUCUGUGAGGUUGGAGUUCCUGUGUCCUCCAGGCCUGGAGAGCUGAGCCAGCCCUGGGCAGGAGGGGAGGGCUCCCCACGUGCUGCACAAAUGAACUUCUGUUGUUCUGCAGCCUUGGGGACACAGUGAAACCUCCAGCUAGGGAAAGAGGAAACCCCAGCCUGACACCACACACGUUGUCUGAUUAAGUCACCUGUACAGUUAGUAGAGCUGGAGAUAAACCUCUGCCAUGUAGAUAACAGUGCUGCAAUUAGGUUAAUCUGAGCAUUAAAAAGCCAUUAGGGAGCUGUUGGAUGGUGCAGUUAAAACUAAGGCUACAAUAGGAAAUACUAAUGAGAUCAAAUGGUGAAACAAGGCCUUGAGAGUUGCAAAUAUUUUCUUCUUUUUUUUCUUUUAAUUAUUUCUUUUAAUUCAGCAAACUUGAGGAGCUGUGAGGAAAGCAAAACCAGCUUUGGAGACCCAAACCCCUUUUCCAGGUCCACACUAGAAAUAGCAACCUUCAACUUGAGAACAAUCCCUCAGCUUGAACAUUGUGUUGUUAAGCUGAUGGUGGGAGAGGAAAGAAGCAGCUCUUUGUGGAACAGUUCUAAAGUCUGGAGUAAGGGAGAGGUUUGGGUGAGGUUUAGCUGGGCUGAGCAAUGCUCCUGCAUCUUUCUGUUCAGUCUCUGUGUCAAUGGCGAUUCCUCUUUUCAUCAUUCAAAGUUCAUCUCCUGAUUUCUCUUUUGAAGAUGAAGCCUGGACUUCCAGUGAAGGAAACUGCCCCAAAACCAAACCAAAACAGACAGAAAAAAUAAAGUUUUCCCCCAGCUGGGAUGGGACAGGCUGAACCAGCUCCUCUGAGCUCCAGCUCUUGCAGUUCCCAGCAGGUUCCAGAAGAUCCUGAUUUGGAGACAAUUUGUGAGCAUGGCAGGUCUUGGCUUAUCAAAGAUUUGGAGUGCCCAUGAAAGGGAAAAUGGAGCUCUUCCCUUCUCUGUGGUGACCCUGGUGCUUUCAGGGGUGUGGAGUGCCUCAGGAAUUUGAGAACCUCAAACCUUUUGAUUUCAGGGUGUUUAAAAUCUUGAGUUGCUUUCACAAAAUGCAACUGUUUUACAAAACUUCAAAGGCAGAGAGAGGCUGCUGAAGUUCACUCAGGAAGGCAGCCAUACUGAGUAUUAAGCUGAAAUUACAGCCAGAUCAAGAUGUAGAGAAGAUGUGCACCCCACUGCUGCUCCAGGAUAAAGCUAACCUGGUGGAAGAUUAUGUGGCAGAACAUCCCGAGCUCCAGAGGAAGCUCUUGCAGACCCUGGACACGUGGUGUGACCCCAGCUUCAAUAUCAGAGACAUCACAAGACCUUAUCAAGGCCUGUCCAGGUACAAACCUGAAAAAUUCAACCGCAGAGUGCUUGGCAAGCUGGUCUUCAGGCUCCUGGAGAGAUUCAACAUUGACCCAGCUCUCUGCCCUAAUGUCAUAAAUCAGCGGCACUUGAGGACCCUGAAUUACCUCUUCUACAAGAGAUUCGUUGAGAAAACCAUGACUGAGGAGAACUGGGCAGACCACAUUCAGAGCACGGUUGGGGACAAUCGCUGGCUCCAAGGACAGCUGCUGCAGUCGCUGCUCCGGCACUGCGACACGCGCGGGGCGGCGCGGUGGGCGCUCCACUGCCGCCUGCCCCCCGACAUGCUGCCCCGGCCGCUGGCCAAGGAGCUGCAGGACCUGCACACCCUGCACAGGGUAGAAGAGGUCACAAAAGCAGAUAAUUAUGAGGCCAGUAAGAAGAAGGACUGUUACCAGCUUCCUAUUCCACGGGAAAAUAUUCACUUUCUGCAGACGUGGGAGGAGACGCUGCAGUGCUGGGAGAAGGUGCUGCAGCCUGGGCAGGUGGUUGGUGUGGACAUGGAGUGGAAGCCGUCCUUUGGCAUGGUGGGGAAGCCCCGUGUUGCCCUCCUGCAGCUGGCCCUGGAGGAUGAGGUGUUCCUGCUGGACCUGCCACGGCUCCUCGAGCAAGCUGAGGCUGAGGGGCAGAAGGAGAAGCUCCCCCAUUUCAUCCAGAUGCUCUAUUCAGAUGCAGCCAUCACUAAACUAGGUUAUGGGAUGUCUGGAGACCUCAGCAGCCUUGCAGCCACGUGCUCUGCUCUGGGAGACACGGAGAAGCAAAUGCAGGGAGUGCUGGAUCUCCUUGCACUGCACCAACAACUGCAGCGGGGCAAGGACGGCCAGAAGGAGGAUGGACUAUCCCCAGAGCACAGCCACGAGCAGAGAGGGCUCAGGCAGCCGGAGAAGGGGCUCAGCCUCCUGGUGCAGCACGUGCUGGGGAAGCCUCUGGAUAAAACAGAGCAGCUUUCCAACUGGGAGAAGCGGCCGCUGCGGGAGGAGCAGAUCCUCUAUGCAGCCUCAGAUGCCUACUGCUUGCUGGAGAUCUACAAGAGGCUCUGCAAGGACCCCGAGAGCUUCGGUCUGGGUUCAGACCUGGCAGAAAGUCUGGUGGGAAAACAGAGCAAAAAACCCAAAGCAAAGAAGCAGCUGAAUAAACAAGAGGCAGCAUCACCUUCUGGGCAGGAAUGCCCAGGAGCCAGAACGGAGCCCUCAGGCCCCCCUGCCCCCAUCUCACCCCAGCAGUUCAGCGUGGUCUGUGACAACAUGCUGCAGGGGCUGGGGCGCUACCUGCGCUGCCUGGGCGUGGAUGUCCGGCUGCUGGACAAUGAGGAUGACCACAGGAGAGCUGCUGAGAUUGCCCGGCAGGAAGGAAGAGUCAUUCUGACCUCUGGACUCCCAUAUCAGACUCUGCGCUCCCAGGUGGGAGAAGGAAGGUGUUUCUCUGUCAACUGCUCCGAGAAGGCAAAGGACCAGGCGCUGCAGGUGCUGAAGCACUUCAACGUGCAGGUGUCCCUGGGUGACAUCUUCAGCCGCUGCCAGGUGUGCAAUUGCAACAAGUACCUGAAGGUCUCACGGGAGAGGAUGAGGCAGCUGGCGGAGGGCAGCAGACAAAUCUCAGGGGAGCACAGUGCAGGCUGCCCGGGGAGCCAGCGCUGCGAUGUCACCGUGCCAGCCCGUGCCACAGCCCGGCCUGGCGGUGCCGAGCGGGCGGAGAGGACGGGGCAGCGCGGGGCAGGCGCGGUGCUGGCAGGGGACACGGUCCUGCAGGUCACUGCCAUCCCCCCCGGCGUGCUGGACAGAGCUGAGCUCACUGACUUCUACUGCUGCACCCGCUGUGGGAAAGUGUUUUGGGAAGGGUCCCAUUUUGGACGCAUCGUCUCCCAGUUUCAGGAUGUUCUUGUGGCCUCUGGAGACACACAGAGUGUCUAUGAGCUGAGCUGAGCCGAGCCGAGCUGAGCUGAGCUGAGCUGAGCUGAGCUGAGCCGAG